GAUUUGUACCAUUUGUACCCACUGGACAGCCAAUCACGCUUUGCGUGAUAAUAUUUUUUUGCGCUAUGUAUCUAAAGAGAGCAAUGGACUGUGAUUGUUUUGAAUUGGUAAAAUUUUGCCGGUGAAUAUUUGACUAACGUUUGAGCAAGAUAACAUGAUGUAGCAUAGUUCUUUUGGAGACAGGAAAGGCAGAUAUAUGUACAGGGAUAUAUGUUAAUUUCGUGGUACUCUGCUUUGACAAAAUGAAGAAGUUUUUGAAAGGCAGCAAGAGUAAAACGACAGCCCCUGCGGCUUCGGCUAAACAGUCGGGAGCGGAACAAGCAGCCGAAGCUCCCGGCUACGUUGUCAAAGAGAAGGACCUGUCCAAAUUGCACAAAGCGGCCUGGACCGGUGAUACCAUCAAAAUUAAGCAACUGACAAAGAAAGGCGAUGUGAAUGUUCUGGACAAGGAAAAUAGAACUCCCCUUCACCUGGCCAGCAGUAAAGGUCACAUUGAUGUGAUAGAUGUGCUGAUAGCAUGUAAGGCAAAAUUGAACAUGUGCGACAAUGACCAACGGUCACCCCUGAUGAAGGCUGUCCAAGGUAACUUUGGAGUGUGCGUGGAGACUCUGUUGAUCAACAAGGCAGAUCCUAAUCUGGUGGAUAAGAAUGGUAACACAGCUCUUCAUCUGGCUGCUAUAGGAGGAGCGCAGGAUCCCACUCUCUUUCUCCUUGAGAAUGGAGCGAUGGUCAAUGCAGCUAAUAAGGAUGGAAGUACAGCCCUCCAUCUAGCAGCAGCCAACAAACAUGAUGAGAUCAUUGAAAUUCUCCUUAAUGAGGAUGUGCAUGUCAACGCCACUGACAAUGAAAACAGGACUGCAUUGAUGUGGGCGUGUCAGACGGAUCAGAUAGGCGUGGUCAGACAGUUGCUGUCAAACAAGGCUGAUAUUGAUGUCAAGGACAGUAAAGGAUGGACGGCCAAUGACCAUGCUAUCAUGGGAGGAUUCCAUGGAUGUUCUCAUCUGAUAGAUGAGUAUAUAUCCAGUAGGAGACCGGCAUCUGUUCUGAGAUCAACUGGAGGAACAGGGGGGAUGUUUGGUUCUACAGCAGGGACUGAUGCUCUAGGUUUCUCGUUAGGAGGACCGGCCAUGGAUGAUUUUGAUGAUGAAGAUGAAGAUAUGUCAGAAGGAAGAUCAGCAGCCGAUUCAUGGGCUGCUUCAGCAUCUGAAGUUGAAGAUCCUCCUGUCAAGAUCAAAAGCAACAAACCUAGCAAACCCAUUAAGUUGACCAAGUUCAUGAGCCAAGACUCCGACAAUGAGUCCAUCCACAGCAACGCCUCUGUCCACUCCACCGCCUCCAGGUCCAGGAUUCCUCGAGCCAGGUCCAACUCCAAAGAGAGUCUGCGCAGCGCCCGUUCCGUCCGAUCCGAUGUCAGCGCUGUGAGCGGCAGCAAGAUUCCGAGGUUGAAGUCUCCGGAGAAGGAGAGGAGGAAAGGUCCGCCUACUUCUGCAUCCGCAUCACCUGGGAAGAUACCAUUAAAGAGGAGAGACACGGAAGAAGAUGAGAAUGAUGUGACUCCAAGAGGAGAUGCCUCGGUUACUCCUACUCCAAGGGAGAGUGUGAUCUCAGCAGCAAGGACUAUAAGUGAUUUUGAUGAUGACGAUGACCUGUUUCCUCCUUCAGACAAUGACAGACCAAAGCUGAGUCUUGGUGGGAAGAACAAACCAAAUGUUUCAGUAAUGCUGAAUAAUCUUGGCAUGAGCGACCUUGAAGAUGAUGAUGAAGAGGAGGAAGACGAUUCUUGGCUGACGGAUGCAAAGAAAGAUAAACAGGGCACAGUCAAGAGAGGAGUAACGCCUGUUACACCAGAUAUAGCAGCUGACAAACCCCUUGAGGAUGAAAAUGAAUCUGAUUGGGAUUCAGAUGACAACUUGCUACCUUCUGAGGGAUCCAAUACAAAUGCUGCAGCAAAGCAGACUGGUGCUGAACCCAUUCCGGCAAAGAGGAGUAGUACACAGGAUGUAGGAAAGAGGAAGGAAGGGAAGGUACCAGUCCAAGCAAGCCCUGAUCAGAGUGGAGAUCAAUGGGAUACAGACGAGGAGGAUGAAGAAGAAGAAGAGGAGGAAAGUGAGUGGGAGAAAGAUAGCAAGGUCAAUAAAGAACAACAGCGAAUGGAAGAGGAGAGACAGAGGCAGUGGGAAGAAGAUGAAAGACGGAAGAAAGAAAAACUCUUGAGAGAGGCAGAGGAAGAGAUCCAGAAGGAGAAGGAAGAACUGGCCAGACAAGCAGAGCUGGAGCGACAGCAGAAUGAAGAGGAGAGACAGAGAUUAGAAGAGGAGAGGCAGAAAGUGGACCAAGAGAGGAAGAAAGCCGAAAGAGAGAAACAAGCAGCAGAAGAGCAGAGGAUGAAGGAAGAACAGCUGAAGCAGAAAGAUCAGGAGGAGAAGUUGAAAAGAGAGAAAGAACGUAUGGAGGAAGAGCUUGCAAGGGAGAAGCAGCAGUUGGAAGAAGAAAAGAUGCGACUCGAAACAGAAAAUGCGGCACAGGAAAAGAGGAAGAGGGAAGAAGAAGAAAGGAGGGAGACAGAAAGGAAAGAACAGUUGAGGAUGGAGAGGGAGAGGAUGGAGAUGGACUUGGAAAAAGAACGAGAGAGGAUUGAAGCAGAGCGGAGGCAGGUGGAAGAAGAAAGGAAUCGAGAAGCCCAGAGGAAACAAGAAGCCGAGCAAGAGAUUGCUGAUGAAAGAGAAAGAGAAAAGAAGCAACUAGAAAAUGAGAGGAAAGAAGAGCUGAGCAGAAUUGAAGCUGAGAGAAGACGUCUCCUGGAGGAAAAGCAGUUAGAAGAGAAGAGACAGGUAGAGGAAAAGAAACGGUUAGAGGAAGAAAGGAAAUCGAAUGAACGGAAGUUGGAGGAAGAGCGACAGAGGCUUGAAGAGAAGAGAAGACAGGAGGAGGAAACCAGACGAAAGGAACGUCAACAAUAUGAAGAAGAGAAGCAACAAACUCAACUUAUGCUCACCGCAGAAAGGGAAAAAUUGGAUACUGAAAAGCAAAAACAAAUAGAAGAGAAGAUUAAGAUUGAUGAGCUCAAGAAGCACUUUGAGAUGCUGCGAAGACAGCAAGAGGAGGACAAAAAGAAACUGCAAGCGGCAAAGGAAGAAGCAGAAGAAAAACAAAGGUUGGAAGAAGAGCGGCUCAAGAGGGAAGAGAAGAGAUUGGAGGAUGACAGGAAGAGGCAUGAAGAUGUCCGGAAACAGCUCGAGGAUGAAUUGUUCAAAAAGAGAUCAGCUGGUGAAGCCGAUGAUGCGGAUCGUCAAGCAGCAGCACACCAUCUAGAGGAUGAAAGGAAGAGGCUGGAAGAUGAACGGCAGCGUAUUGAGCACCAGAGGAAGGAGUUUGAGGACCAACAGAUCAAGGAAAAGACCAGCUUAUCAACCUUGGAGAGAUCCAUGAAGGAAGAGAAAGCAAAGCUUGAACAGAGUUGGAGGGAGCUUGACCAAAAACGUCAAGAUAUGGAGAAGACUAUGCAAGAAAAGUACAAUGAUAACCUGAACGCUACUGGUGACCUUGAAGGGCAGUUGAAGAAGGAGGCAGAACUAGCUUCUAAAGCCAAGGAGGAGCUCCAACAAGAGAAGCAGAGGCUGCAGGAAGAGCGUGAGCAACUCAUGAAUAGGACCAGGGAGAUGGAGCAAAAACGGAACGAGCUGGAGGAGAUGAAGAAAAUGAUGAGACUGAGGAUGGAAGAACAGAGGAAACAGCGGGACCAGAGCGUUGCACGUCCUGCAGAAAUGCCUCCCAGGAGACUCCAGGAAACUGGUGGAGAUCACAGCGUGGACCAGGCCCUUAACCUCUACCAGCAGAAUAUCGAGAGGCGGCUGAUGGACGAGGAAAGGUCGGAUACUGUCUCAUCCAUCAGUCAGUUUGACGGAAUGAUUGAUGAGCUGACCCAUGAAAUGGAAUCGAUGAAGAUGGAGAAGGAUCAGAUGGAGAUGACAGAUCCUGUUCUCUACAGCUCCAUGGGACAGAGUAUGGGAAUGACUGCAGGAACAGAUGGUACCUUCAUUAAGUUACAUAAUACAUCGGAGCUUGGACAUCACUCGGGUAUUGUACCCCAGUCUAGACCACUGAUGAGCUCCUUACCACCAUCUCUUCUCAAUCACAAUGCAGCCAACUCAAACAAGAAGCAACAGCCUGAAUGGAUGGGCAUACUCAACGAAGGAGAUGGCCUGGAUUACUCCAGCAGUGAAGAAGGCAAUGGAUCCACAGCAGAUGAUGGGGGGCAGCUUGGCACCCUACCUCUCCUGGCCUCCACCCCUAUUGCACCCCUCACCGGCGUAACGCAGGGGUCACUGGAUACAACUCUAGAUGCAGCAACCGUAAUGCAGUUUCAGCAUGCUCUGCGUGAUAUGAGACGGCGAGCCGACCGUGAGAAGAGUUCAAGGCUGAAUAUGGAGAACAGGUGCAAGACACUGCAGAGUGAGAAACAGGAUCUCUACAACAAACUGAUGGCAGUUAGUGAGAUGAAAGCAGGACUCGAGUCCAAGAUACUGGAUCUUGAAUCCCAGAUUAGGAAUUACGCGCAUAGAUUGGACCAAGAGACAGAGAAGCAUAGUAAUGCCGAAUUGAUUUUGAAGAAAACAAAACAACAACUCAUCAAAAGAGAAGAGGCUUUCACUAAGGAGGUUGAAGCUAAGCAGAGGGCUGAGCUAGCAGCAAGGACUAUUCAAGUGGACCUGAAAUCAGCAGCUAAUCUCAUCAAACAGUUGGAGGAAGAGAGAGAUGAGCUGAGGAAGAAAGCAAUGAGCGAGAGGAAUGCCAGGCUGAUGCAUCAAGAUAUUUUACAAGAUCAGGAAGAGAAAGAGAAGAUGUUUAAAAAUGAAACGUCAAAGUAUCAUUAUCAAAAGGCAGAAGCAAUCUCAAGACUUGAGGCGGCCGAUGAGAGCCGGAAAGCUGCUCUCUCUCAGAAUGACCGGCUCAAGGGUGACUUGUAUUCUUUGAAGGUUGAAUUAGAGAGACAGAGGAUACAUCACCAUGACAACCAAGGUUUGCUAGCGACAGAAAACCAAGAACUCAACAGCAAGAUUGAGGAACUCAAGUCUGACAUUCAAGUUAAUGAGGAGGCCCUAGCCCAUGCUACCAUGGCUUUCAAUGCACAACUAGCUGCUGUGAGAGCUGAGAAUACCAAACUAUACUCCAAGGUAGAGAAAGGAGAGACAGAGAAAGACAGGCUACAGACCGAGCUUUCUUCUGCCAAGAAACUUGUGAAUACCACCAACAUCGAGCUGGAAAAAUCACAGCUGGUCAGAAAAGAGACAGAACGUGAGUUGAAGCGAAAGGAAGAAGAAUGGAGUAGAUCAGCUGAGAAACUAUACAUGGAGAUCUCAAGCUUGAAGGAGAAUAGUCAGAGUUCAACAAGAAAGCUAAGCAGUGCAGAAAAUAAGAUUCACAGAUUGGAGAAUGAGCUCCAAGUGGCAACUGCAACACUGCGUGAGCGUUCAAACCAGCUAUCUGCCCUCAAGAGGGAGCUAGAGAAAGGUGCUACAAGUCAACAAUCCCAUGAUGCAAUGCUGCAGAAAGAAAGGAAUGAGAAUGCCAGGCUGUCUGCAAAGAUUGAGACCCUGACUGAAAAGUUAUCUGGUUCAAAAGCACAGGUGACUUCGCUUCAGCAAGCCUUGGACGCCGUCAAGAAUGAAAACAGAGAACAUACACGGGAGACUGCAAAUGCUCAGGAUAAGCUGAAUACAACUCUUACCACUAUGCAGACGGAGAAUAAUAGGGCUCGUACCAUAUGGGAGGAGAAACAUUCAAACAUGGCUGAUACCAUGACUCGGGUGAAGGAAGACUUCCGUCAGUCAGAGCAUCAUAGACAGCUGAGGGAGCAGGAACUCAGACAGAUACAACAGGAAUUAACAGAGGCUUUGAGGAAGCAAUCUAUUGCAGAAGCAAACCUAGAAAUUCGCAAAAAGGCUUUGGAGGACCAGCAAAGGGACAAAGAAGGUGUGAAAUCGGAAAUGAAACAAGUCCAGGACCAGGUUCUCAUCAUGCAGCAAGAGAGAAGGACCUUGGAGACGAGGAUUGAAGAACUACAGAAUGAACUGCUUCAGGCGGAGAGGAACGGCAUGGCAACCUCACAGCAACUUGUCUCUACCAACAAGUCAUUGCAGAAACUGAGUGAGCUUGAGGAAAGACUUCGUCAUUUUGAGGCUGAAAACUCUCGUCUUGAGAUCGUUGUGAAGCAGCUUGAAGAGCGAAGUGAGGGUCUCAAAACUGAUCUCCAAGAAUCUCAAAAGAUUCGCAGUGGUCUUGAAGCUCUAGUAACAACUUUAAAGACAAGUAAUCUGCAAAUCGAAGGCAAACUCAAUGAGGAGUUUGCUGCCAGAAACAUCUAUGCAAAAGAGGCUGAAGAACACAAGGACUUAUGGGAAACGGAGGUCAAAUCAAGGUCAAGGAUAGGGAUAAGGAUUUCACAGCUUGAGAAAGAGAAGGCACGAAUGCAAGCGGAUGUUGAAGAGGAAAGGAGACAGAUGAGAAAAGGUUCAGAAUUGAAGAAAAAUCUUGAAAUCAAGUAUGAUUCUGAGGUGGAAAAGAAUAGGAGAUUGGAACAGGAACUAAACUCGGCCAAGGCCAAGAUGAAACUCAUGAGGAGAAAGUUGAAGGAACUGGAAGCCCCAGAGCUUCGUAUCAGCACACUGCAGUCCGAGUUUGAGAGAGAAAGAAUUAACAUGGACGGGACUAUGGCCAACAUCAGGAGACAGCUUGAAGAUGUGAAUCAGCAGCUAGAGAGAGAGAAUCUUCUGAGGAUGGACCUCGAGAAGGACAAUAGACGACUGCUACAAGAGAUUAAUUCAUCCAAGAGUGCAUUGAAGAAUAAAGACAAGUUGGAGAGAUCCAAAAGGAAAUUGCAAGAUGAAUUGUCUCAAACUAAGAUGUCAAUGCAGCACAACUAUGUUGAAAAGGGAGAGCUGGAAAGAUAUAAGCAAGAACUUGAUGCAAAGGCACGGUCCGAAAUCAACCAGAAAUUGGAACAAGUAAAUUCGUACCUGGAACAGCAGAGUGCAGCUCGAGAUCGACUGGAGCAGAUCAGACAAUCGGGAGAAGAGGAAGCCAAGAGAGAAUCAGAGGAUACCAUAACCAAUCUUAAGACAGAAACAAGUCAGCUUAGGUCCACCAUUCAUGAGCUGCAAUCACAAAAGACAACACAGGAAACAGAAGUGGCAAGGUUAAAGGAACUUCAUCGUCGAGAGGUUGAGACUAGAGAAAGGCUUGGAGCUGACUUAGAAAGGACUCAGGACAGACUGGUUGAUCUCACAUCAAGAAUGACCAUGGAAAGGCAAAAACCAAAGCAUACAAGAACUAGCAGUCUUGACCUCACACCGUCUAAGGUAUCGCCCAGAGGGAGAGCAUCUAGCCCUGUCACUGGUGUGGAUCCCAUCACAGAAAAGGUUCGAUUAGAAUUGGAUAAGAGCAUUGAAAGACAUCUGCAAGCAGCUCCCAAAGAAUUUGGUUCUUCCUUUCAUUCCGAGCGAGUAAGCAGAGAUACCCUCAACAACUCACUUAGUGCAGGCUCCUUCGGUCUGUCACAGAACAACAAGUACAUGUCGGUCCUAAGGAAAAAUUAUUUUGUUUAGAAAUUUCUUGGGACAAGCAAUGUGUGUUAUUUAAGUUCAUUUGAGAAGUUGGCUUAUUAAAAGUAUCUUUGAAUCAUUAGUCAACCCUAGGCAUUUUAUUGACGUCAUAGGCUACGUCCACUUUGAACAUGCCAUGUAUGAAAUUAUAGCUAAUGGAUGACUGGGCAUAGGUUAUAAACUGCGGAACAUGUUUUAACCCUUAACAGGCUGGGGUACACGAUUCCGCUUCAAAAAGGUUGUGCAAUAAAUCUGAUGAGAAAGUUUUUAGUAAAUUUAGUGGAUUAGAGCAUAUAGUAUAAUUCAUAUGAAAUAUUAUUAUUUUACCAUACAGCCUUGUAGAUUAACAGUAAAAAAAAAAAGCCUGGUCUAUGUAUAUAAACUGAACCAUGAGUUUAUUUCCUAAGGUGUUCCAAUUAAUUGUAGGCCUAUAUGAAAACUGCUUUAUAUAUCUCUUGAAAUUUUGAAGUAGUUACGCCUAUUAAAUUAUCUAGCAAAAUUGUAUGUAUUUUAGGAACUGAUGUGAUGCUAAUAUUUAAUUGAAUAAAUGUACUAUGCACCUUGA